AUGUCCCAUGACGGUGUAUGGGGGGACUGGAUAACCUUAUGGGGUCUUGUAAACAUGCUCAAUAUCGACAUUGCUCUUGUUUCUAGCUUGGGAGAGAAUGGGCUAAGAAUUAUUAGUCCAGCUGAUGCAUCCAACAAAGACGGGCACAAUCUUAAGAGAAUGGUGCUUCUUGGGCACAAAGCAGAGGCCUAUCAUCACAGCUUAGAGUAUGUAGAUAAUCCAUCGUUUAAUAAGGAAGAGGAUACUGUCGAGUACAUGAAAGCGAAGUAUGGGGAAGGAAAAGUAAUGGAAGAAACUUGUCCUAAAUGCAGUAACACAUUUCAGCACCUAUCAGCAGGAGUUUAUGUGAGUGAAAGCGGCCUCAUGCGGUGCUAAGAUGAGGACUGUGAUAUGUGUGAUGAAUGCACUAAAGAUGAAGGGUGGUAUACGUGCUGAAAGUAGUUACUGGUAGUCGAGUGUAGCUUCCAUGUAGAAAUAGCAGGGAUGUCAAAGGCAUAAAAAAUAGACUAAACAAUACUUUUAUUUUUUGUGCUUUUUUUCCGACUUCCUCACAUUCGCGACCACUAAUACACAAUAAGUAAAUUUUCAUAAUAUAAGGCAACUGGCAAAAGCAUUUACUGCAUACAACAUACAUCUACAUUUAUAGUCAAUGACAUAUUGAAAGCUACACACUUAGCUCUAACCAGUACCAAUAUUUUUAUUGUUAUUGUUAUUACAGUUUUGUUCUUUCUACUGAAUUAUUUGUACAGUUCAGGUUAUAAAGUUCCUGCAUGUUAACCGCCAGGUUAAGGUUUUCUAUCGCCUAGCUGUUGUAUUCAGUUGUUCCUGUUUGUCAUUAAUUUCACGGUUGUUUAUGUUCACUUUUUUCUCUUACAGAGGCAGAGAGUUUCAUAUUACAUAUUGUUACAGUUCAGAAAUCCCAUAAUUGACAGAAAUAAACGGUUAUGUGAAUACUACGUACGUUAAUGGGUACCAACAGGAAGCAAAGACUAGUUACUUGUUACAGUAAGGCCCGGUUUAAACAUCGCAUUUCACAUGUGCCAAAUUUACUUCAGGUAUCGAAUGCGUAGGAAGUUCAACGUUUAACUAAAAUUAAAUUCGACAACUCAACUUCUGUCGCAUCUUCGACUGAGCCAGUCAAAUCUCGACAGAAGUUCAACUGUUGUCUUUUAUGCCGAAUUGAAUUUGUAAAUCGUGUUUAAUUUAUUAUAACCCACAAUUCUCAAUUUUUUCCCAACUCUAUAAAAACUCGCUCAUGAUUCGACAUCUUAAAUGGCGGAUUUACUUAUUUAAGUAGAACCAAAUAGGUAUCAGACUCGGCACAUGUAAAAUUGCAAGUUUAAGGUGAUUCCAUAGUAAACGAACCUAACAUAGAUUGUAGAUGAAACUUGGUACACUGAUGUAACAAGUCAAGAAGAUGAUAAAAAAGCAAUAAAAAGUGGGUGUCACCGUGCUCGAUUUGACGUCACAAUGCUGACAAAUACGGCUAUUUUGGACCCUUUGACAAAAAACGCGCGCAGCCCAAAACUAGACAAAAAGGAGAGAUUUUUUCGGUGAUGCAUGUGGUAUCGCACAGAAUUUGACUUUACUGUAUUGUUUAUCCACUUACAUACCAGAAAAAUGCCAUUUAAUGCUCCUGUUUUUACUUUACACUCCAAAGUAGAAUUGAAUUGGACACGCGCUGUUCGACCCGUGAUAGCUCAAUCCGUACAAUUUAGUAAAAUUGCCAAAAAAACUGAACAUAGAUUUGUGCCAAUUUUUUUCUCAUCGAAAGUAAGCACUGUCCUUAUUAAAAUCAUGAAAUAAAAAAUGGGGGUCACCGUACUCGUUUUUGCGUAGAGCUGUAGAAAGUGCGCACCAAAUGCAUUUUUCUCCGAUUUUUGAGAGGGGACUGGGGCGAGUUUCAAAAUAGAAUGUAUGUGAAAGGAGGAAGAAAGAAUUAAAAAAUCCGUUUUUACAAAAUUUACAUCGAGAUAUUACAUUUAGGACACAAUGUGAUAAAGAAAGCGUUUAAAUGAAAAUCGAAGUCAAGAGAGUAAGCACAAGUUAAACAUCCACUACAUGUGUAUCGAGGUUCUCCGUGAGGAAGUCAAACUCUGCAACACGCGUACUGCUUACGUUAUGCACAUUCCCAACACACUGAGUCCCACCUUGGCAAGAAACAACCGCAACCAAAAAUUCCAGUAGUGUUUCUCUUCAGUCAACUUCAUUUUAAUAACGUUACUUCACAUGCUCUUUUUUACGGCGGCCAUCUUGUUAUGCGCAGUAAGAGAUGCGCAGUGCAAAACUAGGGAAUCACCUUAAACCGGGCCUAUCGAGAUGCUAUUUGCACGAUAUAAACCUCCAAUUUAAACUCUAAAGAUUCUUACAAAAUUCGUUAAAAAGGAGUUAUAAUUAUUUAGUGAAUUGUCCAGAAUUUAUAAAUACAUCAAUACUUCAAGCAAUUUGAGUCAAAAUUUUUUAAUUUACUUUAUCCUAGUAAUUCUAGCAUCUUCGGGAAUUAAACUUCAUCCCAUUCCAUUCUGAUAAUUCCUCAGGAAUCAUUUCAGGUCGCAUGUGAAACUAUUUGGGGAUCAUUUGGGGCCGGGGAUCAUUUCGGGUCAUGUACAGAUAUCCUGAAGUGACAUAAUAAAGUUAUCGUAUCUUAUCUCAUCUAGGAAAGACUCUUCUGUUUUCACAGGGGCAGAGCGAUCAUCGCAUUUCCACACAUGAUCAUUCACCAAGACUUACAGGGGCAUACAAAGCAAUGGGGAAGAUAAUAAGCCACUCCAUUCUCCAUGGAGCUUCAGGGUCGCAUGGGCUUUCGUCUGCAAUCAAGAAUUACCUCUCAACUGAUGCAGAUAGUGACAACCCUGCAAUAAUAACAGUGGAAGACAUCCCUGGCCUUCACUAGUCUCCACUGCUCGAUCUCCAAUUAUCCUUUAAAGGGACUCAGAUCUGAUGAACCUCUACAGAAACACGAUUCAAAUAAAUAUCAGUCCAAAGUAUUAAUUUUUGUAAUCUGCGAUGAUGCAGCCUUCAAUUAUUUGCCAACUAUUGUAAUGUUAAAUGAAAAGCAAAUCAAUGAAAUCAUCAAACAUUGCUGUCAUCAACAUACAGGAAUGGUGUAAGAAUUAAUUAGGCGCAAACAUUGCAUUCCAGCUGGGUCCUUUUUUCACUUUCUAUUAGAAUAUUUUUGUGAAAGUAAGGGAAAGUGAUGACAGCCCUAGCUUUCUUGGGCCUGUCACGAUCCGUAUGACAAAUGAAGAGCACAUCUAUCUUUCCUUUGUGCAUUCUCUACUUCGUGAGGUGCCAGGCCAGUAUUUACAAGCCUAUGGAACCAAUGAAGCUUCCCUUAUCAAUGCUCUAGAAGCUGCUUUCCAGAACGCCCACAGUCUGUUGUGUUAUAUAUUAAGAAGAAUGCUGCAGUAAACCCCAAAAUCUUGAGAGACAUCUUUGCAAAGCCAAAGGGUCUGCCCUUCGAAAAAUCGUAUCAAUUUCAAGAGCAAGCCAAUUGCCUGAUGAAGAAAUGAGAUGAUCUUGAAGCCAUGGAACAUCACAGUACGUCACAAUUCUCAUUAUACGUCAAGAAGCUGAGGAACAAACCAGCCAGUUAUGGGAUGCAACAGUUCGACCUUGGCAAAGAUCCGUAUUGCCAGAACAUUCCAGAGUCUGUUAACUUCAAGAUCAAAGGAUGGGUCAACUUUUUGCCAUGUGAAAUCAACAGGUUUCUCAUUUCUCUUCAAGACCUGGUUCUUUUUUAUUCCAAACUGAAGAAGAGUUUGCUCGGUUUGGAUUUUCUGAUAAGAGGGGAGUAAAAGAUGAAUUUAAGUAGCGCUGUGUGUAAGGUGGAUAGCGCUAAAUAAUAGCUUGACACGAAAAUCCGAGGUUCUGAUUGAUCAAAAUCCUUUUCUUAGCGACUUUUAUUCUUUCCCAGAGGAACCUUUCAUGACACCAUGUGACAAUGAGACAGUGGCCAAUGUUGAUGACUUUCCAGUGGUAGAUUUAGAAUGUAGUCAACCCCUCUCGAAUGGUGCUAGUGCCUUUGUUGGAGAGAACUCUGAGAAACGUGCGUGUAUCCUAGAGGCCACUUCCAUAGACACUGAGGAUGUCACAGACCUUAGCUGCUCCCAAUUUUGACAACAUACAUGUAAAGACAUAACAGCCUACAGGUAUGUGCAAAAAGGGAACACUUCGUUUGGCUUUAUCUGUCCCUUACAAAGAGCUCUGUGAGAGGAAAACGUGAAUGCAGGUCUGAAGUUUUUCACACUAUGAACAAUGCAGCCUUGAAGUUUGUAUUGAAAAAAGGAUGUGCCUGAUUUCAUUAACGAGACAGUCAAAAGCAAGACGUGGAGUACCACCUUUGGGCUUUCUCCUAAGCUUUCUGAUGCCACAUCAAACCCAACAAUACAGGCUUUGAUUAAAGCCUAUGACGAGUCAGGGAACAAGGAAAAAGCAGCAGAAACAAGAAAGCGAGCUGCUGGUCUGAAAGCAAAGACCGUCAUAGGAAAUUCAGUGAAGAAUUCCCGAAUAAGCCUAACAGGAGAGUUUACUUCAGACCAGUUCAGACAUUGAACUGAUGCUGCGAAAUCAAUUGGUUGUCUCACCUCUUAUGCAGAUGAAUGGCGUCCAUUGUUGUCAAUUGUGGCAAUGGACUACCCUUACAGAUAGCUGCAGGAACUGUUUGGUUGCUCUCCAAACACAGUGACAGCAGCCAAAGUUCAUUGUAUUUUAUUUGGGCGUGCUGGAACACCACCUUCUAAGUUUAAAUUCUCUCACCAGUGUGUCAGUCCUGAGGUGCUGAGGGAACUUUCCGAAUUUUCGAGAGAGACAAUGAAUCAAGGCCAUCCUCGUGUAUGGGCAUUAUUGUGAAUGGGCAAGAAACUCCAAUCCAUUACUGUAUUAAGACAGUGUUACGGAACUUGUAAAUCAAUAUUUACUUGAAUUUCCAUAUGGAGUAAAACGAACCUAUAAUUAUACGCACGUGCCUCCCAAUUUCCACUACGACACAAUGCUUGCUGGCCUGUGUAAUUGACGCGAUGAGUUUGGUCAUAGCAACUACGACAACUUUACUUCCUUUCUUUAAGGUAUUCAGAGGUCUUCUGCAAUCCCCAUAGCUGAAAUGAAAACAAAAGUCUUGAAGCAUCGGUCUUUUAUGAAGACAAAGUUUUCAAACCAACUGGAGAGACACUCAGCUUGCUUAGAACUCUGCAUGGACCAUGCAUUUGGCUCCUGUAUGAAAGUUCAUGACAGUUCCUCAGAUGGUGUUGGAAUUUAUGAAGUGGCCAGCUCUGUGAAAGACUUGCUGUCCAAUUUAGACACAGCCGAACGAAGGAAACUGACAGAGGAACGAGACAAUCUUCUAACAGUUCAUAAGCAGGAUGUGUAAGCGAAUUGUUAUGCACAACCAGUCGGAGUAUUACAAAUUCAUUUUAAACAAUCAUCAGCCUAGUGAGUGUGUAGUCAUUGUUGACUAUAAAAUGAAACUCAAACUUGGCAUCCGUAGUCGUGAAAUCCAGCGUGACUGGUAUGGUAAAUGGGGUCUUUCUCUCCAUGGUUUUUUGGUGGUGGCUCAAGUUGGUGACGAUGAAAAAAGAACAGAGGUAAUUGAUUUGUGGAGUAAGGACACAAAGCAAGACGCCUGCUUUAGCCAGAGCACAAUGCUUUUGCUAGCUGGAACAGGAACUACCUGCUUACCAUAUGCCAUUUAUUUUCUGGUGAGUGGCUUUAGUUUAUUAUGGUCAGGUUUCAAUUAUUUGAUUCAAUUACACUGUAAAUCUAUUGUUAACAUCAUGUUUGAAACCUCGACCAGUCUUAAAAAGAUAGAAAGAAUGAAACUAAAUGAUGUACAUGUCUUCGACACAUUCACAUUUGCAGAAAUUGCAUUAUCAUUGGUUUUGCAAUGAUAUAUUCUCUUUGUUAGUAGUAAAAACCCUCCGGUACGUACCUACAUUUUUUUAAGUCAGGCAAAGUAGGUUCUUGUAUUUUUGGGUAGUCAUUUGCAGGUUAGACUAGUAAAGAUUCAGUUGUUGAUUGCCAGUCCCCCGAAAAAGUUUUGGGUUUUUGUGUUAAAAAAGAUACAGCAUUUACUCACAACUGUAUUUUGAAAGGCCCAACAAAACUGAUUAAAGAAAGUGAUAUCAUCUUAAACAUACGUUUUAGAAUAGAAAAAGGAAAUAAAAUAUUAAAAACUAAAAUGGAAAAGUGAAUGGAAUGAAUAAACAUUUGUAUAGAAAGACUUCUCAGUGUCUAAAGAGUUGCACUGCACACUACUGUAACCCACAUAUGAGAACCUGCUUUAUCUUGCUUGGCUAUACUCUUUCGUAUAUUUUGGGGCACUAAAAUGGCAAAUCAACGUCAGCAGGUUCUUUAACCACUAGGUUCUUUAUGCAAGUAUUUAUUGUUUAUGCAAACUAGGGUAGUUUUUUGUGAGAGAGUAAAAGUAAUGAAUGAAUGUUAAAAGUAGAUGCAUAUUUUCACCUUAAACUAAACUGUAGAUGUGGAGUCUGACUGAAUUGUGUCAGUGUUUGUGGUUGUUGUUGGAAUGAAAAAAAUUAAGUGUGCCUCCUUCAAUAAUUAUUGUGUACUUGUCUCUAAGAAGAACCACAUCAAAAGAAUUGAAAUAUGGUUUUAAACAAGCUACAUUUAAGUAAAUACUUGUUGUUUCCCUGUAUUGAAAUUGUAUUCUUUCUGUUUUUAGAUAAUGUUCCCGAUUAUCAUACUACUGGUUUCAUUUUGUACUAGGCUGAAGUUAACAAAGUCUUCAACUUGACCCUUGUUGAAUACAACAAUUUUGAAGCAGGAGAAGGGAAGUCGCAGCUGGACACUCACUUUGCCCAUAUCUCUUACAAAAUUGUGCGGUGGGUGAGAGUGGGAAACAACUUAGAGACAGGAAAUCAGCUUGGAGAGUUGAUUGGCGUAUGCUUAGCUUUUGUAUAAUUAUCCACUCCAUCUAUUACAGUCAGCUCUCUCCUAACGGACACCUAACUAUGACGGACAGUCAGGGAAGGUCCUGACGGUGUCUAUCUUAGAGAGCCCUCACCAUUUAUUCUUGUAACCUGAUAUUUAAUUCUACAAAUAGCAUCUUUAAUUCUUCAAUCUUGUAAUACAAUAUAAAUGGCUUGUAAAAAAAAUAAAUGGAGGAAAAAUAAAUAAACAAACAUAAAUCUUAGAGAGAGAUGACUGUAUUGCUUCAAGACCUAAUGAUAAUUCCAAAGAAGAAAACGAUUACACUCACUAUCAGGUUAUUUAUUCACCCCCGUACUACAAAGAAAAUAAAAGUUUUAUCAUUUUUAGUUAUUACAUGAUCUCACAAAAGUUGCCAUUUUUCUCUUUGUUUUGCUGAACAGGUUUAGAAACAUUUACUUCUAUCUUUAGAUCUUCAUGACUAGUAAACUACAUCCAGGGUUUAAUACAAUAUAACAUUUACAAGGGUAAUUUACAAGGGUAGCUGUUGUUUUAGCGUUUGAAAACAAUAGCUACACUUGUAAAUUACACCUGUAAAAGUUUUAUUAAAGUGACCCCAGGAUACAUAAAGUUACUUUGUCCGGGGAGAAAUGGUUAGCUGAAUCUUGAUGCUACACAAUAGCUACUCACCGAAUUUCUUCCAUGUAAAUAAACUGUUUUGGAGUUGUCUUUGAUUAUCUUCUUUAAGCCUUAUAACCAUGUUUAAGCUAAUUAUUCAUUACUAAGGGAAGAUGAAUCCAUAUUUUCAUGGUAAGAUAAUUAUUUCUUUACAUUUUCAUUAUAUAGUCAAUAAAGAAUGUGACAUGCCUGAAGAAAGACCCCAAAGAAGCUUGGCACUCUCAAGGAUAUUUCUCUUUAUGGCAGCUUUCAGUUCGAGUCAUGUGGAGGCUUGAUUGCACGUUCAUUGUCCGGGAUUGGAAAAGAAGUGAAGAAGACCAAACAACAACUUCAAGCCUUGCACUCGUCUAG